GUCGGGGUCACCGCAUUGCAGCGGCCGCGCUGCCGCAUUGGUGGAUAAAACGCGACGCGACGGGCCGCACACGCACCUGUCCACGAUGCUGCGCACGUUCAGCGGCCGGCAGCCGCAUCCCGCGGCGGCGGAGGCGCCACAGCCUGGCUCUGACCCGGCGGCCGCCGCCGCGGUGGCGCCGCCACCGCUGCCCGAACGGCCCGGGACGCCGUCCCAGGACACGGGCGCGGGCCCGGACGCGGCUGCGCGGGUUGGUUCGCCAGCAGGCGAGGAACCGCCGCCCGCCGGCUCCGUCGCGGCGGGCGAGGCCGCGUGGGAGGCGCAGCUCGCGGCGCUGGAGGCCGCGAAGGCGGCCAAGCGGGCCUCGUCCGCGGCGCCCCUCGUCGGCGGGUCACAUUACCCAGGGGGGGCGGCGGCGGCGGCGCCAGCCGACGACCGCGGGUCACCAUCGCCCGGCGGUACAGCCGGUGGCGCCGACUCGGACGCGAAGCGGUCCGGGCCCGACAGCACGCUAGCGGUCGCGAACGACGACGGCUCGAGACCCGACGACUCCUCGGACGACUCGGACGCCGAGGACGACGAACUGGCCGCUGCUAUCGCCGAGGCGCGAAACGCGGCGCGGCGCAUCUCGCUCUCCGUCGACGAGGCGCCGCCGCCGCCGCCGCCGACUCGCACGCGGAGCGCGCCCGUGCCGCACAAGCGGCGCCUCUCGCACGAGGAGCGCGCGACGCCCCUCUCGCACCUGCGGCACCUGCUCGGCGGCCGAUCUGCGUCGGCGGACCGUCCCGCGUCGCCGCCCGCCCACGUGGCGCGCGCCUCCAUGGCCGCCGCGCGGGACGGCUUCGCGCGGCGCGGCGAGAGGCUCGAGGGCGUCAACCGGGCGACGGAGGGCCUCGCCGAGGCCGCGCGUUUGUAUAGAGAGAACGCUCGAAAACGCGAGGCCGACGCGCGGAAGAGCCGGUCGCGGUGGUUCUAG